AUGGCGACACCAUUGACGGGUCUUCAGCACAUAGCAUUAAUGGCGGGUCCUGUGAACCAGGUCGAUCAGUCCAACAAGUCCUGUGCCAAUAACUCGUCUCUUAGGUCGCCAAUUUUGAUUUUUUUGUUCUUCCACAAAGCCAUUCGGACGGAGCUCGAUGGCCUCCACCGCGCCGCCAUGGCCUUUGUCUCCGAUCAGGAGGGUGACUUGAAUCCUCUGUUGGAACAGUAUCACUUCUUUCGGUCAAUCUAUAAGCACCACUGCAAUGCAGAGGACGAGGUCAUCUUUCCAGCUCUUGAUAUACGUGUGAAGAAUGUGGCACAAACUUACUCCCUUGAGCAUGAGGGAGAAAGUGUUCUUUUUGAUCAGUUGUUUGCGCUCCUGAAUUCAAAUAUGCAAAAUGAAGAAAGCUAUAGGAGAGAACUAGCCUGUUGUACCGGAGCUCUUCAAACAUCUAUUAGUCAGCACAUGUCCAAGGAAGAGGAACAGGUCUUCCCUCUGCUUAUUGAGAAGUUUUCAUUUGAAGAGCAGGCAUCAUUAGUAUGGCAGUUUCUGUGCAGCAUUCCUGUAAGUAUGAUGGCAGAGUUCCUCCCAUGGCUUUCUUCUUCUAUUUCAUCUGAUGAAUGCCAGGAUAUGCGCAAGUGCUUGAGCAAAAUAAUCCCAGCAGAGAAGCUUCUUCAACAGGUUAUAUUCACCUGGAUGGAUGGGGUGAAAACUAAUGACAAACAUAAGAGUUGUGAAGGUUCCAAGGACCAAAGUUCUCCAGACUCUGAUGCUAUCACCUUAAAUAGUUCAGCAAUGAAAGCACAUUGUGCCUGUGAAUCUUCCAGGACUGGUAAAAGAAAAUGUGUGGAGCCAAAUUGCAAUCUUGAGGAGUCCACUCUGUCUCGUCCAGUAGAUGAAAUAUUGCAUUGGCAUAAGGCUAUAAAAAGAGAAUUGAAUGAUAUAGCUGAAGCAGCCAGGAGGAUACAAUUGGCUGGAGAUUUUUCUGAUUUAUCUGCAUUCAAUAAGAGGCUGCAAUUUAUUGCAGAAGUUUGUAUCUUUCACAGUGUCGCUGAGGACAAAGUUAUAUUUCCUGCUUUAGAUGCAGAACUCUGCUUUGCCCAGGAGCAUGCAGAAGAAGAAAGUCAAUUUGACAAGUUUAGAUGUUUGAUAGAAAGUAUUGAAAGUGCUGGAGCCAACUCAUCUUCUGCCGAAUUUUAUUCCAAGCUGUGCUCACAUGCUGAUCACAUAAUGGACACCAUACAGAAGCACUUCCAUAAUGAGGAAGUUCAGGUUCUUCCACUAGCGCGAAAGCAUUUUAGCCCCAAACGCCAGCGGGAACUUCUGUACCAAAGCUUAUGUGUGAUGCCAUUGAGGCUGAUAGAGUGUGUCUUACCCUGGUUGGUUGGAUCACUUAGUGAAGAAGAAGCAAGGUCUUUCCUUCACAAUAUGCAGAUGGCAGCUCCAGCAUCGGACACUGCACUGGUUACACUUUUUUCAGGUUGGGCAUGCAAAGGUCGUCCAACAGAUGUUUGUUUGUCUUCCAGUGCAAUUGGUUGUUGUCCUGCAAAAGUUCUAACUGAAACCAAAGAAAAUUUUCAUAAACCAUCUCGUCCUUGCACCUUGUCCACUGAGGAAAAUCUUGCAUUUGUUGUGCCAGAUGAUCACAGAAGGCCAUUCAAGCGUGGGAAUUCAAUGUCAUGGGAAGAAAGUGAUGCUUGUAAUCCUUCUGGAACUGCAAAUAUGCAAAUAUUAUCUUGUGGUAAUCAGUCAUGUUGUGUUCCUGGGUUAGGAGUGAAUACCAAUAAUCUGGGAAUGAGUUCCCUUGCUGCUGCAAAAUCUUUGCGUUCCUUGUCAUUUGGUCCUUCUGCUCCUUCCCUUAACUCCAGUCUUUUCAACUGGGAAACUGAUAUAAGCCUGACUCACAGUGGCUAUGCAACUCGACCCAUUGAUAACAUAUUUAAAUUUCAUAAAGCUAUCCGCAAAGAUUUGGAGUAUCUGGAUGUUGAAUCUGGAAAACUUCGUGAUUGUGAUGAAACUUUAUUCAGGCAGUUUAGUGGUAGAUUUCGCUUGUUAUGGGGCUUAUAUAGGGCUCAUAGUAAUGCAGAGGAUGACAUAGUGUUCCCAGCAUUAGAAUCAAAAGAAACUCUUCAUAAUGUUAGCCACUCUUACACUUUAGACCAUAAGCAAGAAGAAGAACUAUUUGAAGAUAUUUCGUCUGCACUUUCUGAGCUUGCUCAGCUUCAUGAAAAAUUGAAGCAUGCAAAUUUGAGUGGAGAUUCAAGUAGAGAGAACUUUGGUUCUUAUGACGGUAAUGAGUGUUUGGGAAAAUACAAUGAGCUUGCCACAAAGGUUCAAGGCAUGUGCAAAUCCAUAAGAGUCACGUUGGAUCAGCAUGUUUUCCGUGAAGAACUUGAACUCUGGCCUUUAUUUGAUAGACAUUUUUCUGUGGAGGAGCAGGACAAAAUUGUUGGUCAUAUAAUUGGUACCACUGGUGCAGAGGUGCUACAGUCAAUGUUGCCCUGGGUAACAUCUGCUCUUACUCAGGAGGAGCAGAAUAAAAUGAUGGACACCUGGAAGCAGGCUACCAAAAACACAAUGUUCAGUGAGUGGCUCAAGGAAUGGUGGGAAGGAACUUCAUCUGCAUCUUCACAGAUUGCAACAUCAGAGAAUAGUAUAUCACAAGGCACUGAUGUCCAUGAAGCCCUGGACCAAAGUGAUAGUACUUUCAAGCCUGGCUGGAAAGAUAUUUUCUGGAUGAAUCAAAACGAGCUUGAAUCAGAGAUAAGAAAGGUUUCCCGGGACUCAACUCUUGAUCCAAGAAGAAAAGCAUACCUAAUUCAAAAUCUUAUGACCAGUCGCUGGAUUGCUGCUCAGCAGAAGUUAACUCAAGUAGGAAUAGGUGAAGCUUCGAAUGAUGAAGAUCUACUUGGAUGCUCUCCAUCUUUUCGUGAUCCAGAGAAAUGUGUGUUUGGGUGUGAGCACUACAAAAGAAACUGCAAACUUCGUGCUGCUUGCUGUGGCAAGUUAUUUACUUGCAGGUUUUGCCAUGACAAAGUCAGUGACCAUUCAAUGGACAGGAAGGCUACAUCUGAAAUGAUGUGUAUGCGCUGCCUGAAAAUUCAGGCUGUUGGGCCAAUUUGUACAACACCUUCUUGCAAUGAACUCUUGAUGGCAAAAUACUAUUGCAGUAUCUGCAAAUUUUUCGAUGAUGAAAGGACAGUUUACCAUUGCCCUUCUUGCAAUUUAUGCCGUGUUGGAAAGGGACUUGGUGCUGACUUCUUUCAUUGCAUGACGUGCAAUUGUUGCCUGGCAAUGAAGUUAUCAGACCACAAGUGUCGGGAGAAAGGUCUGGAAACAAACUGUCCUAUAUGUUGUGAUUUUCUGUUCACAUCCAGUGCAACUGUCAGAGGCCUUCCUUGUGGCCAUUUUAUGCAUUCGGCUUGCUUUCAGGCAUACACCUGCACUCACUACGUUUGUCCAAUCUGUAGCAAAUCUUUGGGAGACAUGGCGGUCUACUUUGGUAUGCUUGAUGCGUUAUUGACUUCUGAGGAGCUCCCUGAAGAAUACAGGGAUCGAUGUCAGGAUAUACUGUGCAAUGACUGUGAUAAGAAGGGUACUUCUCGGUUUCACUGGCUAUACCAUAAGUGUGGGUUUUGUGGAUCGUACAAUACAAGAGUAAUCAAGGUUGACUCCAGUUCCAAUUGUUUGACAUCAAGCUAGCUCAAGAACAUUGGGCAUUCAUGUGGUUGAUCAGGGUCGCGCAAUUAUGAGUUGGCCUAACACAUCGGAUAUGUUGCUUAAACAAAGCUGCUAUGAUGUCCUAUCAACAAGCUGUGAGAGGUGAUGAUUAAACUGAACCUCGACUCAGUUGAUGUCCAAACUCUCUCCAUUUCUGCAUGUUGCAUUGUAGCGAUUUAUCUCAGCACUGUUUGACAGAUGCAAUUUGUAAAUUGCUGGAAAGUAUUCAGUAUAAAGCCUGCAAACAAAAAUAUUUUUUUCCCCCAAAAGAAAAGCAAGUUAUUUUGGUUGUAAAUUCGAUGCACUGAAGAUUUGUAAGCGGAACUUACUGUUUAGCAGCA